CUAGGGCAGCUCUUGGCCCACGGGAGACAAACUAGUGCCUUUUGGCUUUCUUGUUUCUGUUCUUCUGCCGGCCUGGUGCGGGAUAUGGCUGUGGAAUCGCAUACAGGUUAUAACAACGCAAGCAGUCAUUCACUGUAUUCCAGCGGAGGUUUUUGCUAGAACUCGUUACACUAUGGCCUUCGCUAUACUGAUCGGAUUGGCCUUGCUGGCUACUUGUCACGGCGCUACUUCGACAUUUGAGCUUAUCCCCCUCAGACCUAACCCGAAUUACAAGCCACCAGGUGACACUCCCUGCGGUCCGGGUUACUUUAGACCUCUUAGCGUUAGCGGCUCAUACGAUCCCUACACCGAAUGCAAAGAUGAUAAUGAGUGUGGUGAUGAUGAAAUAUGCAGCAAAGACUUUCCAAAUGCGCGUUCCCUGUUAGAAUGCUACAACACCGAGGGAAGCUACUACUGUGAAACAGCAAGAUUUUCAGAUUAUGAUCCUGCUUACAAUAUUACGUCACCAUCAGCAUCACACUUCACGGUGGAUGAGUACAUAGGUGACACGCGCAUUUCAAGAGAGUAUAGGUUCCGAUGUGACAAGGGGUAUUAUGAGUACUGCCCAAUUAGUCAGUCGUGCUUUGCUGCGUAUCUGAACGAAGCGGUGACAGUCAAAAAAGUGCACCAGAUUGGGGGUGGCGGAUUAUUAUAUAAAUAUUUAGCCACACGACUUCCAACGUGCAAAGCAUUCGACCGGUUGAGCUGCGCCGGUGUUAGCUUUGCGUACAGUGCCACGCCAGUCAAGUUUAUUGAAGCGGACUACGCCUGCCGAAAUGCAGGCAUGAAGCUUGUGAAUGAAGCCUUCAUCAAAGUGCUAUUUACAACCAGUGCACAGAGGUGCAUCACCCAAAAGGGCCUAUCUUCCUGGGCUACAGACACUUCGGUGGUGACUUUCACCUCUACAGCAUCACCUCACAACUGGCCUACUCGUGACGUUGCAAGUGACUCGAGGAAUGGUUUUCUUUGUGUUCCCAACGACUUUGAAUACACGGUCAAUCGUGCGGAUAUCCAGUUAGAGAAAGAUGUGCUAGAAAUACACACAUGCGAUGGUGGCCAGGUACUCUACCAUGUGGGCAAUGGCGAUAAGAGCGGUCGGAAUUGGACCCAAUUCCAGGACGCGUGCCAUGAGAGAGCUUUGGAAGUGCCAGGUCCACGCCUAAAAGAUUGCAUGCGUAAGCUGAUGCUAUUGCUUCAUAAGUCCAACAUAGAUAAAUGCGAAGAAAAGAAGGAUGUCCGAGAGAGGGCCUUGUGCCUAAUACCUGAGAUCGUGCAAUGGCAACAACGUGAUCUUGCCUGGAUCGGAUUCAGUGACGCGUCUCGUUCUGAUACUUUCCUUGCUACCGAUGGCCGGGCAUACCCUCUCAGUACAGUUAUGCCUAUAACCAUCUGUGCAGCGAUCCCAUAGAUGAAUGGUACGAGCGCCGGGUGCUCCACUUCAUAUUUAGUGCUGCCCCCUAGCUUGUGAUUGCUUCACUACUAAAUUUUUGUGUGCUUAUUUUAGCCCCCCUAAUUGCCCCCACCAAGCGUACAUGGCCUUGGGGUCUGCUCCUGGUCCCGCACAUGUCGGAGACAUCUGGAUUGCUGCCGCUCAAGACGAAUCCAGUGCGACACAUUGCAUGCUGAUCUGGAUUAGGAUUUAGGUCCUGAUGUCUCAGUGUCAGUGUAUGCCUUUGUCUGAGCAUCCCCACCCCGUACCGUAACAGUAUGUUCAAAUUCUGUGUUGAAAUUCUGUUUUGGAAUUCCGCAAACAUUGCAUUGUGUUUCUGUGUUCAUUCCUAUCCCUGUGUCGAUUUCAUGAUUUUUCUGUACCAA